AGGGCACAGAAUUUCACAAACAACGGCAGCCCAAAGCCUUUCAAAACCAAAUCAAAUCGAAGCCACCAAAACCUUUCAGUCUCAAACCCAAAAAACCCCAAAGUUUUCUCUAUCUGUCUCAAGAACUCCUUCUCCUUCCUCUUGAGCUGAGAGUUUCAGAGACCUGGCCAUAGCUCUAGCUCCAGCUCAACUUUUUCGUUUUCCAAUUCCGUCCUUUUAUUUCAAAUCUUUUUGAUUCCCCGUAAGCCCUUUUCUUUUUUCGUUCAAACAUGCCCAUCCCUAACUGAUACAGCAGAAGCAGCCGAAACGCCGCCGUAUAAACGAAGAUGAUCGUGAGAACGUACGGUCGUCGCAAGGGAGGCAUUCCUAGAACUUAUUCCGACUCAACGUUAAACGACGCCGUUCACGACGACGACGACGGCAACGACCCCUUCGGAUUUUCUCUGUCUCAACCUCAAGAAAGCUCCCAAGACCACCUCUACAGCAGUCUCAAUUUCUCAUCUGAAGACUCCUCUUCCCAGUGGGCCCACUUUGAUUCGGACCCCUACGCCCCCAAGGACUCUUUGAAGCGCUCCUCUUUCGACGGUCCGGUAAACGGCGCCGUUAGGAGGUCCAAGAAAGCCAAGACUCGAAAGGAGGUGGUCCAGAACUCCAGGCCGCCGUCAAUUCUCGCGACGUCGACUUUGAUGGAGGCACAGGAAUUUGGGGAGAUGAUGGAGCAUGUGGACGAGGUCAAUUUCGCUUUGGAUGGGCUUAGGAAGGGUCAGCCAGUUCGGAUCAGAAGGGCUAGCUUGUUGUCCUUGUUGUCUAUCUGUGGCACGGCUCAGCAGAGACGGCUUCUCAGGACGCAGGGGAUGGCAAAAACAAUAAUCGAGGCUAUAUUGGGUCUCAGCUUUGAUGAUUCACCCAGCAAUCUGGCUGCCACAACUAUUUUCUAUGUUUUGACAAGCGAUGGUCAGGAUGAUCACCUUCUGGAAUCACCGAGCUCUAUUAAUUUUUUGAUUAGGUUUUGCAAACCAAUUGUCUCAAACACUACUGAAGAUAAAGCACCUAAAAUUGGACGGAAGCUUCUAGCAUUGCGUAUGGGUGCUGACAUCUCGCAAUGUACAACGAAAAGAUUAGACUCCAGCUCUGCUGCUAUCUUUUCCAAAGUUCAAGAAAUUCUUGUAGGUUGCAAGGAAUUGAAACCAAGUUGUGCGGAUGAUGGUGAAAUGGGAAAGCCAGAGUUAUGCCCAAAAUGGAUAGCUUUGCUGACUAUGGAGAAAGCUUGCUUAUCCACUAUAUCUCUUGAAGAAACCUCUGGUACAGUAAGGAAGUCUGGGAGCAACUUUAAGGAAAAAUUACGAGAGCUUGGAGGUCUUGAUGCUAUCUUUGAGGUUUCCGUGAGUUGCCAUUCCGAUAUGGAGGGUUGGUUAAAAGAUAGCUUGCCUUCUGCAUGGGAAAAGGAAAUCGACAUGGUGCGGAGCCUGGUUCUGCUUUUGAAAUGUUUGAAGAUUAUGGAAAAUGCCACGUUCCUGAGUAAAGAGAAUCAGAGCCAUUUGCUAGGAAUGAAACGAAACUUGGAUCCUGCAGGAAAUCCCAUGUCUUUUACAGAACUUGUUAUAAGCGCCAUCAAUAUUCUAUCAGGUCUUUAUCUGCAUAAAAAUUUCUCUUCUGCCUCCAAUGAUGAAAAGUCUUUAAAUGUUUCUAAUGGGAGUAAAAAUGCUUCCGAGAAGAGCUCCGAUUUAUGUCAGAGCAGCCGAUUUUCGCUCACUGCUCGCUCUGUAUAUUCUAUAUCCAGUUCGGAAACUACCAGCACCUCCAUGACUGAUACUUAUUCAGUGAAGACGGGACUCAAUUCUUCCAGAUAUGGUUCAUCCAGUGGUACAUCAAGGCAUUUAAAUGGUGGAAACUGUACAUUUAGCUGUGCUUCUAGGAAGGAUGUUGGUCUCAGUCAGAGAUCCUAUAUUUCUGAAGAUUCCAAAAUUGAUCUUUCUGAGAGUCAAGAUCCUUUUGCAUUUAGCUAUGAUGAUUCCAGGAAAGGUUCUGGUCUCAGUCAAAGAUCGUAUGUUUCUAAAGACUCCAAAAUUGAUCUUUCACAGGAGAGUCAAGAUCCUUUUGCAUUUGAUGAAGAUGAUUUUAAACCUUCCAAGUGGGACCUAUUAUCUGGCAAGAAAAAGAUAUCUCUAUCGCAACAGAAUGAGGCAGCAUACAGAGAACUUGAUAACACUUUGCAGCUGAUUAUGAGCCAAGAAGCAUCAAGUAAUGGAGAAAACCAUCAGGUGCAUGAGACAUCCUAUUCAGGGGCUGUUGGUAGAGAAGGUUCCGGUCUUCUAGCGGACUGCCUUCUUACUGCUGUCAAGGUUCUGAUGAACUUAGCAAAUGAUAAUCCUGUUGGCUGUCAGCAAAUUGCUGCCAAUGGAGGACUGGAGACCUUGUCUUCUUUGAUUGCCAACCACUUCCCUUUGUUCAGCUCAUUCUCAUCUCCCUUCAGUGAGAGAAGUGAGAAUACUUCAAGCGUUGAACUUGGCCAUCAGAAUAAUAGGCAUCUUACUGAUCAAGAGCUAGACUUUCUUGUUGCUAUUUUGGGCCUGCUUGUGAACUUGGUUGAGAAAGAUGGCCAAAACAGAUCACGGCUUGCAGCAGCUAGUGUUCAUGUACCUAGUUCAGAAGGGUUUGAAGAGGAGAGCCGCAAGGAUCUAAUUCUGCUUAUCUGCUCUAUUUUCCUUGCCAACCAAGGUGCAGGCGAGGGAGGUGCAGAAGAAAUGAUUUUGCCAAACGACGAGGCAGCUGUAUUACAAGGGGAACAAGAAGCGGAGAAAAUGAUAGUGGAAGCUUAUUCUGCCCUGCUUCUAGCAUUCCUUUCAACUGAAAGUAAGAGCAUACGUGAUGCGAUUGCUGACUGUCUCCCAGAUCGCAGCCUGGCUAUCCUAGUACCUGUGUUGGACAGAUUUGUGGCAUUCCAUUUGACGUUAAACAUGAUAUCUCCAGAGACUCAUAAAGCUGUGAGCGAAGUAAUUGAGUCAUGUAGGAUACGAUGAGAGGAGCUUCCUUUCAGAGAUGGAAAUCCUGUACAGAUUUGGCUUUCCUUUCAGAUAAAUUGUUUACCCAACGCCACGACACUCAUAAAGUUGCGAUUUCAGCUGGAUGCACUCUGUAUCGAAUCAAUCUGACUGCAGGCUUGUUUGCUUGUAUUUUUUCUUCUUUUUGGUCCCUCCUUUAUGCUAUUAUUCUUUUGAAUCCUUUUAGUUUUUCACCAUACUGGAGCCAGGGAAGAGAGACAUACUUGUAUACGAAAUAUGAUAGCUUAAUGAAAAUGUCUUACUUUCGUCGGUA